GACCCAAUGGGUUGUGUCAAUUCGCUCCAUCGACGUCCUUGAAUAGGUCGACAGAUUUUGAUUUCGCUCCUUGGCCUUUCUGUCACUGUGACGUUUUUCUCCUGUUGUUGCAUCGCGGAAACUAUUUUGAAAUGAUAUGGAUAUCCGAAGCCGACGCAAACAGCUUAUUGAACAAAUCGUGGAAUGGAAUGCUAGCAGACUUGAUUUGUUCGAGCUGUCUAUUCCUGAUGAAGUAUCAUGCUCAUUUUACCGAACUCACUCUUUUACAGAACGGCGAAUUCAACGGUGUUAUGCGAUUUUUUUACCAAGACGAGUCUAGAAGAUAUCAGUCGAAAUGUAUUCGUGUUUCUAGCGCCCAAAAGACCUCAGACUUAGUGGAUAUAUUACGGGAAAAAUUCUUUCCUCUUGAAUCCAGUGGUAGAAUCAAGCGAUUAGGCAUUUACGAGCAUUGUGCAAACGGAGUCCGACGGCUAACGAAUGACGAAUAUCCGCUGCUCGUCCAACUUAACUGGAGCAAACACGAUCGCGAAGGGAAAUUUGUACUGAAGUUGGAGUAUCCGUCUGACGGUCCCCAGACUGAAAAUGGUGCAACCAGAACACAUUCCGUGAUGGCUAAUACUCCAUGUGCUUCUGAUCCGGUCAACAUAAGUGAUGGACGGUUUCGGCGUGGAUGGUCGUUUCGACGAGACAAACACGCAUCACCGUCGUCCAGGCGUGGUCCGUUGGGAUGCGCUGCAGCUGUUGGUUGGUCAAAGGAGAAACCAGGCAAUAGACCACGUGGAUCCCUUCCAGAAUCAAGCCUCAACUGUUUGAUCCGGCACCAAGCCACUGGACCUACAUCGAAACACUCCAUCCUUUCUUCCGACUCACCACUGCCAGAUUCCACUUUUACGCGCACCAUAAACAAUCCAGAAAAAAUGAUGCAGCGAAAGCGGCAAAGGACGCUCGAGGCCAAAUUACUACAGCUUCUACAGCAUGGGGAACCCGACCUAGGUGGAACGCUGAAGAUCUACGGUGACCAGAUUUGUCCCCAAGUUCCGUACCGCACAUUGCUGCUGUCUGUAAACGAUACAGUGGCAACCGUGAUUCGCCAGUGUUUGGACAAAUAUGGGCUAGAAGACGCUGAUCCGGACACCUACUGUCUUCUAAUGCGCGUUCGAUCAGCAACAGAUACAACGAACGGGCUUCGUGGCACGGAAGAGAUAUUGACCGACACGGACUGCCCACUGAGCCUUCUGUUUGCCUCUGCCCACGAGCCUGGAUCCGUCGUUACGUUUGAGCUUCGGACACGACCACCCCACCUCAUGCCUAAUAAAAGAACUACGUCAGACGGAGUAUGUGGUACACCCUAUUGGAAUGAGCCACAUUUCACUCUCGGAACAGCAGAUUCGAACAGAAAGCCUCGACCGAACCGUUCGUCUGCCGAGCCUGACACCGCUUUUGCCUGUCUGAUCGAGAUGAACCCAACCAGCGUCGAUGACCCAGUCAGAGCUGGUGUGGACUUUCACCCCAGUUCCCUCACCGGCAACGUCUAUCCGCUUCCCGUGCAUAAAGGGCAUGUUUGCAUCGGGACGGCACCCACCCCGGACACUUCACAUCCUUACGUCGUCACACUCCCUAUAAGCCAGUGGCCUGGUGUGGAGUUACAUCAUCUGAUCAUAUGGCGUCCUCCAGUUCCUCAUGGGGUCACAUCGGCCAUGGCAGCUGCGGAAGCGACUCAACGCCGUGGUGGCUGGCUUGCUUGUCGACCAUGUAUCAGGCCAUCUAUUAAGUCUGGGCAAGCGAAGCAAUUUACUGCAGUGUAUGUCAACAAUCAUCUGCUAACCGCAUCGCCAGAGAAUCAGGGAUGUGUUUACUGGCUGAGUCCGGGAGACAUCCUUCGACUGGGCAACGGGCGGCGUUGUCUAAAGAUCUGGCCAGGCAACGGAUCCGUUCUUCCUCGAUUCCAGUCAAAACCAGUCUUCUGCACGGCCUCUCUACCCAGCCCCCUAAUAAUACCAUUUGGAUUACGCACCCCUCUAGUCUGUCCCGAGGUGCCCAAACAUCAGCGCUCUUACAGUUCUACCGUUGUCACUCCCUCAAGUUCUGUAACAGCCGCAACAACGCCAUUUGUAAUCACGAAUCGUUCUUCGCAUGUAGCUCCUGUUAGCUAUUUGUCGCCGCUUAUUCAGUGUCCUAGCCCACGGAUAUCCGGAAGUGCUCAUCCUUUCCAGCAACACGCCCUCAUGAAUUCACCCAGUGAGGGGGCUAAUAUUCCAACGCCAUUCGAUUCUAUAUCCGCUUCCUCUUCUUCGCUGUCGAGCAAUCCACUGGCAGAGAAUCAACCAAGCGAUGGCGCUACUGUCCUGCCGAGACAAGUCCCUUCAAGUUGCAACUAUCCAAUUCCAGACACGACUCCUGUAACAGUUCCAACUCACCGUGUGGGAGUAAACGAUUCCAGUAUGAGUCGCAUUUGUGCUGCGUAUCGACAUACGAUCCCUUGUACGCGAAUUACCUUGUCCACCGGCUUUACUUCACUUGCAACCUCUGAGGAAAGUUCUAUUGGUGCCACAGUAUCCGUGCACUGCCAGCGCGUCCCUACCUUCUAUCCGAUUCCGCCACUUGCACAGAUUCAGUCUUGUUCCGGAGCGUGCCCCAGUAGUGUUCUUUCUUCUGAACCUGGUCCUAACCGUGACUCACUCGCCUCUGAUGCCUUGGUGUCCACAGUCUCGCCUUCACCCCAAUUGUCCUCUGCCAUUUCAACGCGGUCUACGAGCCAGCGAAGUGGCAAAUCGUCCCGCUCCAAAUCUACAAUAUCCGAUCGAUUGCCAUGUCAACUGGCAUUUUCACCAACCUCGGUCAGACAAUUGCUGGAGUGGCUAAUCACACACUCGCUAGAUGCUUCACCCAUUCGGCAGCCGGCAGAUUCCGAGAGCGUUGUUCCGACGACAAUCGAUCGCUGUCCCCUGGGCCCAGCCAUCUCGAUUUAUCUGAUGUUGCGCGCUAUCUAUCGUCAGUGCGAUCGAUGGGAGUUGAUCGAACUAAGGGAAGCACUGAAGGAGUCCGGAAAAACCGAUAAGCCUAUUGGGUCCUCCUCAGAACCCCAAGCGCUCGCUACUCGACCGACAAUUCAGCAGCGACGCCGUCGUCAACGAGAAUUGCUCACCCUGCUUGCUAGCGCUGUGGAACAUCUGCAACACUUUGAGACUGUUCUUCUAGAUUCGAUCAAACCGCUUAAUUGCUCACCUACCGUGACAGACGAAGAUGGAUCGCCUCGGAAAGCCAAGUUUCAUCACGUUCUGUGUUCAACUGCAGCCUGGUUGGCCAAUGCCAGUCAGCUACUUCACUUGGUCACUCGAGAUAUGAAUUUGGCCGAAACCUUUGAACUUGACGGUAGCAAGUGUCCAAUAUCCGAGGAAGAGUCUACAACCUACUCCGCUUGGACCCUGGUUCAAGACCAGUUGACUGAUGUCGUUCAAGCUGCAUUCGGGUUUCUUGCAGAGAUUUGCGUAUCCCGUCUGGAUCGAAUCAGUAUUCCACAAUUUCUGUCGAAACUGACCAGGAUCGUGGAUCACAUUCGAACUGUUGCGAAUGAGAAGCGGGUUCAUUUGGAUGAAAAUGGGCAAGAUGAUGACGAUUGGGCUUCUGAUGAUUUAACCAGUGAGAUUCUUGACGUAGAGACCGAUGCUGUAUUGCAAAUGCUCACGGAAACGCUGAACUCACUCCAUGACGCCCAUGUGAAUCCAGCAUUUGUCGUUCAGCUGUUUGCCCGUUUGUUGCACCGACUUAAUGCCCGCCUUUUCAACUUUCUGCUCGGGUCGGAUGGAGACAAUAAGGCACUUGAUGCGCGUCCGCCGGAUUACCACCACCAGAAAUCUCCUAAUCGUAUAUCACCAGCUUGGGGACGUGUGCUACACCGGUGGAUUCAUGAAGGUCUGUGUACUUGGGCAAUAACAGAAGGUUUGGGCGUGGCGGCUGAGUGCUAUUUACAGCGCGUCAGUCAAGCAGCUGAACUGAUGCUGGCGGACAUGAGUUCUGUCGAAGGCAUCUAUAACGUUGCGGUGGAUCUCGUGGGCUUGAACUCUAGACAAGUUCGCGCUUUACUACAGGGGCAUAGGAGUGAUGGCAGGCAUCACCGGAGUGCACAGUCCAACGAGUACGACCACGGGGAUUCGCCCACAAGCAACCAUAUCCCAGACCACUGGAUCGAUUUUGUGGUCUCUGGAGUGAGGCUUGUUGCCGAUCGAAUUCUGGCAGAAGAGGAAUCUGCUCAACCUUUGGAAACGUCUGUUGAGGGGGAGAAGGGUUGGAUACCUCGGUUGGGUGAACCACUUGAUCUACUCUUACCACUGUUGCUUCCGGAGGAUUCCUAUCCCUCUGAUAAUCCGAUCCCCGGAGAUCUGAACGAAGAGCCUGUCAGUUGUGACAGUGGUAUUUGCAGUCGUCCCAACUCGGCGCGUGAGCAGCGCGAUACUAGUGAUAAUGAUGCCGAGGAUAAACACUCCAAUGAACCACUGAUUACCGUCGAAUCAGUUCGACAGUUUCUUGCUCCUGCGAUAAGCAAUGGUUGGUGCCGUUUAUCAGUAAGGCCGAUUUGUGAUGCUCAAAGCAACACUGAAUCACACCACUCCCUAUGUUGGAAUGUAUAUUUGAAAGACUCACGUCUCCUAAAUGGCACCUCAGACGAUCCUGUGAUCAAUGAACAGUCAUCACCAAGUGUGCUCGCUGAAUCCAGUUACACCUCUCAGCCAGAACCGAUCGAUCCACCUUCUGGUCGCUCAUUAAAACUGGAGCCCGAUUCCCAUCCGUCGGAGGUUGUUUCCGCGACGGAUGAGGACUGCCCUCUGACGAACGCCCAGCUUCCCACUUCGGAUUCGUUUCAUGAGUACAUAGCCUCGCUUUGCAGCAGCCACAGACCGGUGACUGUCGUUGUACCGAAGAUUGGGCAGAGCUUGGGAUUAAGCAUAGUCGCCGCCAAGUCGGAAGAUGGACGUGACCUAGGGAUUUACGUGAGAGCGAUUGUCUCAGGAAGUGGCGCGAGUCGAGCCAGGGUUGUACCGGUUUCUUCCGAGACCCACUCGGAAGAUCUGCCCGUGUUGCGUGCCAGUGACCAUCUUUUGGCUGUCAACAACCGAUCCGUGUUGGGACUGUCUCAAGAAGCUGCUGCGCAGUUGGUUGCUUCAGCUGGACCUGAGGUUACGCUGACUGUUGUACAUAGCCCAAACGUGAGUAACCUUGCCUGUGAACGACAGACCGAUCCAGUAGAACAAGCUUCUUCGAGUUGUCCCGAAUGUCAACUGCGUGCGUGUUUUCGAGUGAAUCCAGUUGCAGCUUCUGUUUUCAUGGAAUCCAUAUGCGAACCAGAGAAGUCUAAUGUGGAUGACUAUUCGGGCGCUGAACCCCCACCGAUUCCUUCUGCUCUCGGACCAGUGAUGCACCUGCCACACACUCGAGCGUACGGGCCAUCUGAUUGGACGCGCUCAGACCCGUCAAACCGGUCGGUUUCCACUGUACAAGAGUCCAACUUCAUGUCUAAAUCGGCCACCGGCAGCCUUCAGUCUUCAGAGCAAGCCGUAUUGGCACAGCGGCACCAUGCACUUCCAAGUUCUACGUACACUUCCUCUGUUUCUCUGGUCGUUCGCGAUGGGAAUCAUAUGGCCGUUUCCAAUAUACGCGACGCCUACGAGGCCACCAUUUCCGAGUACAGUCUAGGUACGAGCAUGGAGCCGUCUGAGCUGUCAUUUGGUGCACAGGUUUCCGUUCGUGUUCCGGACUGGCCCACGAUUGACAAGCCUUGUCAUCGUCCCAAAGGACAGUCAGCAAGUUUCGAUGACUGGGUUGCAGCCUCCCGUUUACAAGAAUUUUGCGAAAAAUUCGCCAGUGAGCUUGAAACACAGCUUCAUGAGAACGAACUUAUGCUAUCCAAGCAGCAAACCGAAGGUCGCACCAGCCGGACGGACCGCAUGAAUCAUCUGCAAAACGCUUCUUCAGUGGACGAGACAACCAGUGAUGCCUGUUCUUCCCUAAGCCGACCUUCAUUACCGACGCAGGACGAAACGAACUCUCUCCCUCGGCAAGCAUCCCGUUUCCAAAGAGAAUCUACUGGCCAGCAACACGUUGGAGGCUCAACAGCUCCUCGAAUUUUCGUCCCCACUGUAUCUGUCCUCCCAUCCAAUGCCAAUCGCCCUGCCGAAACGCCCAAACCAAAACAUCGAACAAACAACCAUUCAUCUGACUUUUGGGCAUCCAAAUCGCUGGGUGACUUGGCUUCAUUGGAGCAAACCCUAAGCUCUCCAUCAAACAAUCUUGGCGGCGCAAAACAUCCCACAAAAACCACUUUGCAACGACGACAUACCACUUUGACAAGCAAUCGUCUCAAUUUGGGACCCAGACCGGAACCACCGCAUCAUGGGUCGUUCAAUCGCCAACUCACAAACUUUCCACCUCGUCAUCUAAUCGCAUCGCAUUUUCAACAUACUCCGACAGCUCUACUUCAUGUCAGUCUCCAGGUUCCAUGCGAAGAUGGCUUGAUGACAAAAUGUACAUUUGCUUUGGCUUUCACGUUUCAAUCAAUUUUCUAUUCAAUCGUGCCCCCUAUCCCGCCCUCUUAUUUCUCUUUUGCUGCUCUUUGGCCAGUUCAUAUCGAUCAGUUCAUAUCUCUUGUACAUAUUGCAUUCCGAUUUUGA